AUGGCAACAUCAUCAGAUAGCAAUACAGCUGCUGUUACGGGAGACCCAGCCUCAAGAAGGCCCAUCGAACCCAAAACUCCAUUCAUUUACAAACUAUACCAAUAUUAUCAGUUAUCUACCAGUUUCCUCUUUGCAGCAUUGCUAGCUAGAUGGUUAAUUAUCUUUCCGCUUGCUGGUGCUCGGUUCUUACCAGGUGGAGUUCACGAGUUUCUAUGUUAUUUAAUGAUUUAUGCAUCGGUGGGGGAGAUUAUAUGGUUAUUUAAAUUUUAUCCAUUGAAAUCAGUUAUAUUUUCUAAAACUUUAUUGAAAGAUUUGAAUUUCAUCUACUUUGUGCUGGUUUUGCAUUUUUAUGAUGAUUAUGAACAUGCAUUAGUGCUUAAAAACAUCAGCUACUCUGUCUUUAUUAUUGGAUUGUCCCUGAAUCAAGCUUAUCAUCAUUGGUGUAAAUUAUUCAAGAGAUCUGGAAGGAAGAAAAACACUCUGGUAUUCAAGGUGAAUAAUCUUCUCGGCUCUCCCUUAUUGUAUUUGAGUGAAUAUUAUCUGUUAUUGUUAAAUGUUCAAAAUCCCAAUUUCCACUCGACUCCACUACUGGACAUUAUCAACAGAAUAAUUCUUAUCAUCUACUUCCCAAUUGCAUUAGCUGUUUAUAGAAAUCAAGCUUAUAAAUAG